AUGCCACCCCCAGAAGACGAAGAAGAGGACUACAUGUCCAUGGUCAUCGAAGAACCCAAGCAAAAAGAAACCUUUACCCAGAAGAAGCGCCGACAGCAACGCGAGGCCGAAGCACGCGCUAAAGUCCCCUCCAAAGCCGAACGCGCAGCCGAAGAAGCCGCUCGCCGCGAUGCCGCCCUUAUGACCAAUACCCUCGACCCAUCGAACAAGGGAUUCCAGAUGAUGGCCAAGCUUGGUUUCAAGCCUGGUCAGACAUUGGGAAAGCAAGUACCACCGCCAUCAGACAAUCCACAUGGUCAGGAUGCAGCUGCAAGUGCGCGCGACGAUAAGCGAACUGAGCCGCUGAAUUUGGUGUUCAAGGAAGAUCGUGGGGGCAUUGGGCUGGAUAAUGAAAAGAAGCGCAAGAUUAAAGAGGAGGCGGAGGAGGCUUUUAAGAAGGUUAAGCAUGAGGAGGGGGAUUAUCGGGAUCGGGUACGAUUGGAGCGCGAGACAAGACGGGCUGAGGCGCAAUUCCAUGCGGCGCAGAAGGUCGCGGAGCGGUUAGAUACCGAGGCAGAGGAAGGAGAAGGGGAUAAUAAUGACAAGGAUCGCGGUGAUGACAACAACGAGGAGGAAACAGACGACAAAAGCGACAACCAAGAAAAGGAAAAGAAGCCCAAGAAGAACGUCAAACCAACGUCCCAAAUCAACAUCCUCUACCGCGGCCUCGUGCGCGAACGCGAAGAAAAAGAACGCUCCCUCCACCUCCGCCACGUCCUCCAAACCUCCCUCCCGUCAUCCUUCUUCCCCAACCCCGAAUUACCUGGCUACGAUGACCCAACCCUCGAGCGCGAAGACCGCGAGGCAAUUGACCCGCAAGCGCGUGGCGAAGGAUACGCGAGUAGUCUUCUCGAGCAAGAAGUGGAUGAGGAAGAUCCGGAGCUGGACGAGUUUAACGCGCUGGAGCCGCAGGAACGGCUGCAUAAGUUGGUUUUGCAUCUACGGGAGAAGCAUUGGUACUGCUUCUGGUGUAAAUGUCGCUAUGAGGAUGAGACCAUGGAGGGAUGUCCGGGGCUUACGGAGGAGGAUCACGAUUGA